AUGUUUCGGCGUUUGACAGCACUCGCCACUGUGCUGGCUGUAUGUGCACGAAGAUGCCUCUCAGAGAUAACUCUGGAGAACGUUGAAUCAGUGACAGAGUCGACACUUAACCUUCAUACGCAUUCUAUAUUUGCGCCAUAUGUGGACCAGGAUCUCCAAAAUAGGUGGUUUUCAUUCGGAGCAGAUGCCUACAUUAACACCAACAAACACAUUAGGUUAACACAAGACCGACCAUCACAGACUGGUUGGUUAUGGUCGAGACUACCAAUAACAGUCCCAAACUUUCAAAUUGAGGUGGAGUUUAAGAUCACGAGUUCAUCCGGCCAUCUGUUUGGGGAUGGAAUGGCUAUAUGGCUGACCACAAGAAGAGCUGAAUCAGGACCAGUAUUUGGGUUUGAAGAUAAGUUUGAAGGGCUAGGAAUAUUCAUCGAUACGUUCGCAAAUGAACGCCAUUCGUAUGGAUUCCCGCGGAUACUGGGAAUGAUUGGGGAUGGAAACACGCACUAUGACAAUGGAAAGGAUGGCCAUGAGCAGGCUGCCGGUGCAUGCACAGCGCAAGUGAGACAGCAAGAUAUUGCCACCAAGCUCCGGAUAACCGUUCUCAAAAAUCACUUCGUCAACGUCGAAGUCCACUACAGAGGGUGGGACGAAUGGACCCCUUGCUUCACAAUUGAAAAGCCUAAGCUCCCUCCGGCACCUUUCCUCGGUGUAACGGCUCUGACUGGCGAGGUUUCAGAAGCCCAUGACGUCAUCUCGAUUACGGCUUCUGGCCUCAUAAUAAACGCAGAUAAACUGCGUGGCCCCGAGACCCCCAUUAGGCAGAAGCAUCGCUCAUCUUCAUCGUUGUUUGGCGGCUUUUUCCGUUUUCUACUAAAACUUGUUUUUCUCGGGAUUAUUCUGGCCGUUGCUUACGUCGGAUAUAUAGCUUAUGUCAAGAAAUACGGCUCGGGCAAGGUUCCAUGGGAUGCCAAACGAUUUUGAUACUUUCUGUGUUUGAUAGUUCAUUUAUUGAAUGUUGCUUACUCACAUAGGUGGUUAUUUUCGAUUCUGUCACGCAGUAAGAUAUGACAAUCUCGUGUUAGACUUGAUAUACUACGACAGGAGGAAUCAAACUAUUCGGUCACUCGGAAAGAAUGCACG